GACGUUUACACUUUCAUCCAUUAUGGCAUUACAUUACCGCCCGAAAUCCCCAGUUUGGUACAGCCAUGUAAACACCCGUACGUUUCCCUUCUCUACUGGAUUGCAUUCUCCUCUUAGUAGGUCACCGACGCUAUUCUGUAUAUCGCCACCAUGCUCGACGGCACUUCGUCUGUCCUUGCCCACAGGCUGCAAAAUGCCGCACUUCUCAUUCUGAGCCUCAUAUUCCUUCCAUUUGAUACUUUCAUUCUCUUUGCUGGUCUUUUCGUACGCUCAGUGUUCUCUGGGGUGGCAAAAUUCAAACGAGACCAGGCAUGGCAGAAGUCUGGUUUCCACCCACGAAGAAUACUUGUCACAGGUGUUGGUAUGACCAAAGGUCUGGUUCUGGCAAGGCAGUUCCACGAGGCUGGUCACUAUGUGAUCGGAGCAGACUUUGAGCCGAAUGGGUCGCUUGUCUGUGGAAGGGUGUCAAGAUCGAUCAAGCAGUUUCACCCCUUGAGAAAGCCAGACCUCAAGAGCGGCUCGGCGCCGUAUGUUCAUAGUCUGUUGGAAAUCAUCUCGAGGGAGAAGAUUGAACUCUGGGUCAGUUGCUCAGGUGUGGCUUCGGCGGUGGAAGAUGGGAUGGCAAAGGAGAUCAUUGAGGGAAGGACGGACUGUAAGGCCAUUCAGUUCGACAUUGAAACGACUCAAACGCUGCAUGAAAAGCAUACUUUCAUCUCACACACUCAAGAAAUCGGUCUUACCAUUCCCGAGACUCAGGAAAUCAGCAGUCGAGCUGAGGCGGAAAAGUUCUUGCAAGACGCUCCUUUGGGACGCAAGUAUAUCAUGAAGACGAUCGGUGUCGACGACGCCGUUCGUGCCGACAUGACGUUACUCCCCAAGGCCACGCCCAUGGAAACCUCCAAGCAUAUUGCGAAGCUGCGGAUCUCGAAAGAGAUGCCAUGGAUUAUACAACAAUUCAUCAAGGGCAAGGAAUAUUGCACACACUCACUGGUCGUCAAGGGCCAAGUCAAAGCUUUCGUGGCAUGUCCAUCUGCUGAGCUGCUCAUGCAUUACGAAGCACUUCCCGCAGAUUCUGCCCUUAGCAAAGCCAUGCUCGAAUUCACCAAGAAAUAUGCAAACGUUGGAGGUCCAGGGUUUACCGGUCAUCUCUCCUUUGAUUUCAUGGUGUCGGAUGAAGAUGUUGAACAGUCCAAGAACAUCACUCUCUACCCAAUCGAGUGCAAUCCGAGGGCACAUACGGCCGUAGCACUGUUCAACGGGACAACUGCCAUGGUCGAUGGGUAUCUUUCGGUUCUUGGAGAGAAGUCGAAAGGGUUUAGUCCGGUCAUCCCGUCACGGAACGACAAAUACUAUUGGGUCGGGCAUGAUCUGGUCACGAAAGUGAUCAUUCCCACGCUUUCCGUUCUGACACUCCAGAUGUCUGUAGGCGAGCUCAUUGGCAACUAUCGCACUUUUGUCAACCACCUCCUCACCUGGAAGGACGGCACGUUUGACAUCUGGGAUCCGCUUCCUUGGUGGUGGCUAUACCACGUCUACUGGCCAAUGCAGUUUCUAUCGUGCUUCCGGAAAGGCAAGAAAUGGAGUAGGUUCAACGUUAGUACGACGAAAAUGUUUGAAUGUUGAGGCAAGGCUGGAAAAACUCGGAGAUCGUGAACUCUCACAUACACUUUUGCGGGGUCGCUACGCGCAAAAUCCCACCGGCCACCUCGCGGCUCAGCCUCACUAUAUAUAUGUUCGAACAAUUCUCUUGUAAAGC